GCGAGAAGACAACUCCAGGCGGCCGGUUGUUUAUCAGAGGGCGAGAGCGUGGUUUCCCUCGGCAUUGGACCUCCCAUGUUAUUGGGCGGCCCUUCUGGAUUAAUGGGUGACAGGGGCAGCUGCAGCGCGGAUUCCGGUGUCAGAGGUAGCAGCGAUGGGGGAGCGACGUCGGUGUGCGGCGGCAACUUAUCCGACUCUACCGCGGAAGGCGCCCCGCCGACCAUCGACGCGUACGAUACCGACGCAGCGUCGCUCGUGUCGUCGGCCCCAUCACAUCUAUCAACUCAGUACCCCACGAGACUGCAGCCCUACAGUGUCGCCUCACAACAGCGCUUCGCCCUUCACACGAUCUAUAGACGCCGGCUCCUUAUCCAGAUCUGUGGAGCAGCUGUCUAGUCCGGGCGAGUGCGAGGCGGCCCUGCUGGGGGGCAUGCGGGGGCGCUCCGGCGGUGGCUCGGGGAGCAAGGGGGCGCGCGGCAGGGGCUCAGCUUGGGGCUCCAUAUCGCGCGUCUUUGCCCGCAGCAGACACCGCACUAAGUCCGGCAGCGCAGUCGUCAGCGGCCAUGAAAGCGAACCAGUGUAUGCUGCUACGGGCAAUACGACCCGCGCUUGGUCGCCGCUCGGCAGUGAAGCAGCUCUUCGCGAAGCUGCCUCUCUUCCCCUGGCUAGAUGGAGGGCGCCCGCCAUCAUAGCCUGGCUAGAACUGGCGCUUGGCAUGCCACAAUAUGCUGCUGCUGUUGCUGACAACGUAAAAAGUGGCAAGAUCCGUGCUUUGAAUGGGCAGGUUCUGCUCGAGCUGUCGGACGCGGACCUGGAGGUGGGCCUCGGGAUAUCGCAGCCCAUGCACCGCAAGAAGCUGCGGCUCGCGAUAGAGGAACGGCGGAGGCCUGACCUCGUCAGAAAUCCUAGUAUUGGGCAAUUGACGCAUGCGUGGGUCGCAGCUGAGUGGUUACCGGACUUAGGCUUGUCCCAGUACGCGGAAUCAUUCUUGGCGAACUUGGUGGACGCGCGUAUGCUCGACACGAUCAGCAAGAAAGAGCUGGAGAAAUAUCUUGGUGUGACAAGGAAAUUCCACCAAGCAUCGAUCGUCCACGGCAUACACCUGCUCAGGAUAAUGAAGUACGAUAGACAAGCUUUGGCCGUGAGACGGCACCAAUGCGAGAACGUCGAUGCGGACCCGUUGGUGUGGACCAAUCAAAGGUUCAUGCGAUGGGCUCACAAUAUUGAUUUAGGAGAAUUUGCUGAUAAUUUAAAAGACAGCGGAGUGCACGGUGGUCUAGUGGUUCUAGAGCCAUCGUUUACGGGAGAAACAAUGGCGACGGCUCUCGGCAUACCGCCCUCUAAGAGCAUAAUCAGGAGACACUUAGUAGCGGAAUUUGACGCUCUCGUUAUCCCAGCGAGGAAUAUGUUCGGCCACCAAAUUAGAAUGUUGGGAAGGCCAUUCUCGAGAUCGGUUGCAACGGGAUUACCAGGAAUCGAUUUAAGUGGCGAUUCAAGGAGACAUAGCUUACGAGGCUCCAUAACUAGGGCACUAGGUGUCCUCAAACCGAAACACGAACGGACCUCACCAUCCAGUUCAAGUGAAAGUUCUAGCGUGGUCAGUCUGGGAACCCAGCCUUAUUCCUACUCACCACCAAUAGCUGUGAGAACGCUCUCCCAACUGAGCAUGCAGUAUGCCCCACCACCGACCCUGCAGGAGUAUGAGCCGAUCUACACUCCACUGAGCUUGUAUUCCCAGUCCAGCGUAUCCACCAGGGAUAGCAUGCAGAGACUGAAUGACAUCAAGGAGAAUGCUGGCAUAACACAUAGGUACGGCCAAAGAGCGGACCAAGCGCAUAGAGUGAGCUCGCCUCUUCCAGCCAAGUCACUUGACGAUUCGGCACUGAAGCAGAAGAAACACAGGCGAGUGAAAAGCAUCGGUGACAUCAAUGCGUGCAGCAAAACCUCCGUUUAAAUGUUCGACGCAAUGCGACUACUGUCUAUCCUGGCUUACGUGACUUACAAUGGUCAGUUUGCAGGAUAGCCUUUGAUUAGCAAUACCAAUGACGAUACAGAAAUUGUAAUGGCAGAUAUGAAUGUGAUCUCUAGUUCCAAUCAGUGAGAGAGUACCUAAAUAAUGUAAUAAAAAUCUUAUUACAGUAGGUUACCUUUAUUUGUAGGUGUUAGCGAAAUCCUGUGUAGUUUGAUUCUUGUUUUUUACUAAGUUCCAAUAUUAAGACGUGGUAAAUCGUUUUAUAUGUAGUUAAUAGAAUUUUAUGUUCCCGAACAUGAUUAUUAACCUCAUUAUAUUGUAAUUUAAAAUCACUUACAAUAAUCAGUAUACCAAAUAAGUACAUGUGUUCCUUUCUUGUAAAAACAGAUAAAUCAUUAUAACAAGUCCUAAAUAUAUAGCUACAAUAAAUCCUUUGACUAGUAGUUAUAAUGGAACCCAUAUUCUACUCUAUAAUUGAAGAGACAAUUUAUCCUUUUCAAUUUAGACAAGCGUUUAAGCCAUUAAGUACAAUUUGAACGAUUUUAGAUCCUUAUUCGUGAAGUAAGUACGGACCUCAAAUAGAAUUUCUACAUUCAAGACGGCCUUACACAAUCACUUGAAACUGAUUAAUUCGCGUGUAUGUCAAUCAUAAGGAAUUUAAAAAAUCUAUCACUUUCGGAAACAAAAUAACCAAUAACGAUGAAAAAUAUAUAUAACUUGACGGUAGAUUAUGACCAGCACAGAUGGGCAGGCAAAACAGGUGUUGCAACCGCAAACGAUGGAAAAAAUGGGUACAAGAUUAAACUAGGAAUCUGAUCUAAUGUCUUCAAAUGAGGUAAUAUUAAAAAAAAGUUUUGAUCGAUCGUGUUUACCUUGAUCUUGUACCUUCUUAGUUUCAAUAAGAUAAAAUAAUGUUUAAUUCAAUGUGUGUAAUAUUUUAUUAUUUUUAUCAAUACUGCCUAUGAAUUGCACAAGAGAAGUAUUUUUAAUAUCAUCUACCGAAUUAAUGCACGUGGAUGUGAUCCCCUUUCAUACGUUUAAAUAUCGGAUCCCUUUGGAAUUAUGUCUUUUUAAAUAUUCCUAGUUUGUAAGAGACCAUUUUAUUGAAUUAUGUACAAUAUCGCAUAUCGUAACUUCCAAAGCAAUUAUUUGAAACCAAUAUAGACUGAAUAUAAGUUGACAAUCUUAUGAUCUCUAUUCCAUUUACGAAAGAUUUUUUGAGUGUUUUAUAUUUUCACUCGUGAUAUGCUUUUAUUGAUGUAACUUAUUUAAAUGGAAAUAUUUUCAAUAUUCAAUGUAAUCUGCUGUAUUUAUUGCCAGACACUGUGAUAAUGAUAUUCUCACGCUUCGUAAAUAAACCUCUUAGAUAUGUAACAAAACUGUAAUAGUAUGUAACUACCAAAUACAUUCCCAUCGAGCUUAGAGUUUAUAUUUUGUUUUUAUUUAUUUGAAAUAUUGUUAGAGUUCCUUUACUUUGUUGUUAUUUUAUGAUUGUUUUA